UAUAAGCGCGAGGACGACGCACGAAAUAAAAGUGUUGCAGGGACCCUCUCAACACCCAUUCCGGACUGAUUUGGACCUAAAAAUUACAUCCCCGGUUUUUACCAGAAGUCUGGAUAACUACUCUGCUCUCCUCCGUUCUCCUCCUGUGGAUUUAUAAAAGCUGCCGGCGCGCGCCCCUUUGCUUUUUUUUUUUUUUAAAUAUGCAAGUCGGACGCAAGUCGUGCUGGAGGCAAUUGCAGGCUUCUUUUUUCAGACUGCUAUGUCUCAUCCCCACAGGAUUCCCUGUCCGGAGUGUGGAUAUGCAGCGGGCCACCGACAACAUCACCAUCCGGCAGGGCGACACGGCGAUCAUAAGGUGUUACGUUGAUGACAAAGUGUCCAAAGUGGCUUGGCUCAAUCGAUCCAACAUCAUCUUUGCUGGCGAGGACAAGUGGUCUCUGGACCCCAGAGUAGAUCUGGUCACUAAAGGACAGCUGGAGUACAGUCUACGCAUACAAAAGGUGGACGUGUACGACGAGGGCUCGUAUACCUGCUCCAUACAGACAAAGCAGCAGCCCAAGACCUCACAGGUCUACCUCAUUGUACAAGUUCCAGCCAACAUCUACAAGGUGUCAGAAGACAUUAUAGUGAACGAGGGCAGUAAUGUGACGCUCAGUUGUUUGGCCAGCGGCAGGCCGGACCCUGCAAUCACUUGGCGGCUGCUCAACCCUUCAGCGGAGCCGCUGGACGGUGAAGAGUACCUGGACAUUAUCGGCAUCAUGCGGAACCAGGCUGGUCGUUACGAAUGCAAGGCCAGCAAUGACGUGGCCACGCCCGACGUCAAAUACGUCAACGUGGUCGUCAACUAUCCUCCGACAAUGAAGAGGACCCAGAGCUCGGAGACUCCGGUGGGCCGCAUGGGGAUGCUGCAGUGUGAAGCCACCGCCGUGCCCACGCCGGAGUUCGAGUGGUACAGGGAUGAAAAAAGGCUGUCCAACAACCAGGGCAUCAACAUCCAGAUUCUUGGCACGACCACUAUUCUCAUGAUUGCCAACGUCACUGAAGAGGAUUAUGGGAACUAUACCUGUGUGGCCUCAAACCGACUGGGCGUCCAGAAUGCCAGCCUUUUCCUCUAUAGACCCGGGACAGGCCGGGACAUCAACGGCUCCGCCUGUGUAUCUCAGUCACUGUGGCUCCUGCUGGCCUCCUUCGCCUGCCUUUUUUUCAAGUGUUAAUCCUGCUCUCCUCCUCCUCCUCCUCCUCCUCCUCCUCCUCCUCCUCCUCCUCCUCCUCCUCCUCCUCUUCCUCCUCCUCCUCCUCAUCUUCCCUCCUUCCUUCCUUCACCCCUCCCCUUCAUCCUAACAUCCCUUCCUCCCCUCUCCUCCUCUCUUCUUCUCUCCAACUCACCGACAUCCUUACUGCUACCUUCGUACCACCCUCCCCCCUCCGCCCCUCCCAGACUGUUUGCAUCAUGAAUCGUGCUCUCGAGCGCCGCUUAAAGAUAAGAUGAAAAAGCGAUGGGCUAUACGUAAAAAGUCAUAGGAACAACAACAAAAAAAAAAAAAAACGAGAUGAAAGGACAGAACAAGCAAACAGUGCUCUUUUACAGAAUUGUUCUUUUUAAUUUGUAUGCACUUCUUUGUGUCUGCUCUUUUCUUUUCUUUUUUUUCGGUCUGGGCGGGGUCUGGGGAUUUGUAGUGAUGGGAAUUAAAAGGAGGGCGCUCCCGUCGCAGGGACGCCAACAAUCAUUCGUCUUCACACUUUCUGAAGACAUGAGGUAUAUUUUCUUUCCCUCCUCCUGUUAAGUUAACUUAAAGCGUAGAUUUAACCGAGUGUUUAACCAGUGCAUUAACGAGCGCCAUGCAGAGUGUAUGCCAAAUAUACAUAUAGAUUUGAAACUAACACGUACAGGGAAAAAAAGAAAGGGAAACGACUGCAGCUGAUUUUUCAACCUGAGGUUUAGAAAAAAAAAAAAAAUAAGGCAAACGGAUUGAACAACCCUGAGCAUCUCUCCAGUCGCAUCGUUCCUACAUGAAGCAGUCAGGGUUGCAGUCCAGCGAAGAAAUACUGAGGAUGCAGUAACCUGGUCCCAGAAUUGGGUCAUCUACAUUCUCAUCCUUUCCUGUUUUUACUUUUUUGCAACCAGACUCAUCCCAAAACGAAAGAACACACAGUAGGUUGUAACGACGAGUACUGUACAUACUAAAAUUUUGUAUUUCUAAACCAUAGGACACUGUAAUAGCAGGAAACAGAGGAAUGUGUCGCAGUGUUUGUCUCCCGUUUGACCACCACCCCCACGCGCGCUAAACCUCGGACGACUGUCCGCUUCUAGUUUCUGAGUCUUAGGAUCAUUUCUUCGAUACUGCUGGAAUUUGGAUAAAAAUGUAUGACACCAAUGAAUGACUUACUUUUUAGUUCUUCUCUUUCUCAAACAGACAGUAUGUGUGUUUUACGACGAAAUGAUGCCGAAUAAUCCAUGAUAUAUUGGUAUUGAGGUUUUUUUUUAUUUCUGUCUUUACCUCAUUCAUUUAAGUUGUGUGUGUAUAUAUAUACUUGAAUCCAAUGUCCUUAUAUAUAUGAAUAUAUAUUAAAAAAAAAAAGGCAAAUUUUAUGUGUCCAUGUUUCUGAAUAGGGUAGAGAUUUGUUGAGGAUUCACGACGUGUAAAUGUCUGAAACAGGUGACCCUGCUCUGCCAUGUCAACCGGAGCCCAUAAGACAAUGAUGUUUUGAAAAAAAAAAAAAAAAAAGGUCUAGCAUUUAAA